AUGACACAGAAGCAAAUCUGGUUCCCUUGGAAACCGAAUAACGAGAUCAGCAACCUCCAUUUUCGAGACGUGAGGUGAGGAAAAGUAGCCUGCCUAUGUUUACCCAUUCGCUCAAUUUUAUUUAAUCAAUGCAGCCUUAUUUGUAGAUGGAGGAUGUCCGUCUGUCAACUUAUGUUCUCCACCACAAUUUUAUUGGAUCCUACACUGAUCUACGGUUAGAUAGUUUUCUAGGCUUGCUAAGAAGCUCUUAGACACUGCAAGGGAGGAAUGCUUAUAUAUGAUUGAUGGUGUAAAUUAAUCAAAAGAGAUGUUGGUGUGAGUAUUUUUGUUCAAAAGAACACUGUGUUAUUCUGCAUUGCCAGGCCUAUUGGUAAGACCAUGGCUGAAUUUACUGAAAUACUUUCUUUGGUUUCAAGUGUUUUAUACAGGACUGUGAUUUCAGCUGGAUCCUUGCAUAAUGGCACUCCCUGUGGUCUGUUUUAUUUGAUCAAAGAUGUAUCUCAUGGGGUAACAAUGUGAAUCAUAUGAAACUUUGUUAUGUUGAAAUUGGUUUAUGUUGGAGAGAGAUUGUGAUGCUAUUACACCUUGUUCAGGGAAAUGGAAUGUCCUCUCCUGUCAGUAAAACUCUGCAUAAAACAUAUGGAAACACAAAAUGACAAUACGCAGAUCCUGCCUGAGUAUAACUAAGAUGCUGGACAAAUUGAGUUAGCAGAGUGUGCUUAAUUUCAGGAACACAUCCUACUUCACUUCCAGAACUCUGAAAUCCCCAGGACGUCUCUUAAAAUAGAAGAGUAAGGACCGUCAGGGACCUUCUGAAUUGGCACAGGCACUUAGCCAGGCAGCCACAGUUUGAAGGCAGUCACUUGACCGACCAUUGAUAGCACUGUAGACAGUGUGAGCAAUGCAGAUGAAGCAGAGUCAGAGGGCUUAUUGCAAUAUUGAUCUAUUGAUCCCUCAUGCUGUAGUGGUCAGGUGAAUAAUUCACUGAUGGGAUCAGAGGGGUUGUGAUGAAGAGCAAUGUUUUGAGCAAGCUCCUCAAUACAUCUGUGAUAUUUGAUCUCCAGUUGAUUGAUUGAUUGUUUUUGCAUUGUCGAGAUGUGAACCUGUAAGUAAGCAUUUCGAUGCACUGUGUACUCCACCUAUAUAAUGUGUAUAUGACAAAUAAACAAACUUUAGACGAGCUAAACCACUUCUAUGCUCGCUUCGAGGCAAGCAACACUGAAGCAUGCACGAGAGCACCAGCUGUUCCGGAUGACUAUGUGAUCACGCUCUCCAUAGCCGAUGUGAGUAAGACUUUUAAGCAGGUCAACAUUCACAAGGCCGCAGGGCCAGACGGAUUACCAGGACGUGUACUCCGAGCAUGUGCUGACCAACUGGCAAGUGUCUUCACUGACAUUUUCAACAUGUCACUGACUGAGUCUGUAAUACCAACAUGUUUCAAGCAGACCACCAUAGUCCCCGUGCCCAAGGACUCUAAGAUAACCUGCCUAAAUGACUACCGACCCGUAGCACUGACGUCUGUAGCCAUGAAGUGCUUUGAAAGGCAGGUCAUGGCUCACAUCAACACCAUUAUCCCAGAAACCCUAGACCCACUCCAAUUUCCAUACCGCCCCAACAGAUCCACAGAUGAUGCAAUCUCUAUUGCACUCCACACUGCCCUUUCCCACCUGGACAAGAGGAACACCUACGUGAGAAUGCUAUUCAUUGACUACAGCUCAGCAUUCAACACCAUAGUGCCCUCAAAGCUCAUCACUAAGCUAAGGAUCCUGGGACUAAACACCUCCCUCUGCAACUGGAUCCUGGACUUCCUGACGGGCCGCCCCCAGGUGGUAAGGGUAGGUAACAACACAUCUGCCACACUGAUCCUCAACACGGGGGCCCCUCAGGGGUGCGUGCUCAGUCCCCUCCUGUACUCCCUGUUCACCCAUGACUGCAUGGCCAGGCACGACUCCAACACCAUCAUUAAGUUUGCUGACGACACAACAGUGGUAGGCCUGAUCACCGACAACGAUGAGACAGCCUUAAGGGAGGAGGUCAGAGACCUGGCCGUGUGGUGCCAGGAUAACAACCUCUCCCUCAACGUGACCAAGACAAAGGAGAUGAUUGUGGACUACAGGAAAAAAAAGAGGACUGAGCACGCCCCCAUUCUCAUCGACGGGGCUGUAGUGGAACAGGUUGAGAGCUUCAAGUUCCUUGGUGUCCACAUCACCAACGAACUAUCAUGGUCCAAACACACCAAGACAGUCGUGAAGAGGGCACGACAAAGCCUAUUCCCCCUCAGGAGACUGAAAAGAUUUGGCAUGGGUCCUCAGAUCCUCAAAAAAUUCUACAGCUGCACCAUCGAGAGCAUCCUGACUGGUUGCAUCACCGCCUGGUAUGGCAACUGCUUGGCCUCCGACUGCAAGGCACUACAGAGGGUAGUGCGUACAGCCCAGUACAUCACUGGGGCCAAGCUUCCUGCCAUCCAGGACCUCUAUACCAGGCGGUGUCAGAGGAAGACCCUCAAAAUUGUCAAAGACUCCAGCCACCCUAGUCAUAGACUGUUCUCUCUGCUACCGCACGGCAAGCGGUACCGGAGUGCCAAGUCUAGGUCCAAAAGACUUCUCAACAGCUUCUACCCCCAAGCCAUAAGACUCCUGAAUAGCUAAUCAUGUCUACCCAGACUAUUUGCACUGCCCCCCCACCCCAUCUUUUUACGCUGCUGCUACUCUGUUAAUUAUUUAUGCAUAGUCACUUUAACUCUACCCACAUAUUACUUCAACUACCUCAACUAGCCGGUGCCCCCGCACAUUGACUCUCCACCGGUACCCCCCUCUAUAUAGAGCCUCCCUACUGUUAUUUUAUUUUACUUCUGCUCUUUUUUUCUCAACACUUUCUUUGUUGUUUUAUUCUACUUUUUUAUAAAAAAUAAAUGCACUGUUGGUUAAGGGCUGUAAGUAAGCAUUUCACUGUAAUGUCUGCACCUGUUGUAUUAGGCGCAUGUGGCCAAUAAAAUUUGAUUUGAUUUGAUAAACAAACUUGAACUUGAACUUCAUCCUUUGGCAUUUUAUCAAACACUGCUUUUCUCUGCCCUGACAGGCCCCAGUUGAUGGAUUCUGACAUGGACUAUGAGAGGCCAAACGUUGAGACUAUCAAGUGUGUGGUUGUAGGGGACAACGCUGUUGGGAAGACCCGCCUUAUCUGUGCCCGGGCCUGUAAUGCCACACUGACUCAGUACCAAUUGCUUGCUACGCAUGUACCCACUGUCUGGGCCAUAGACCAGUACAGAGUUUGCCAGGAAGUGAGUGGUGGAGUAACCUUUUAUGAUUGUUAUUUACUGAAAAGCUUUAUCUAUUUGUCUGUUUUCUAUUGUGUCUACGUUUUAGAUAAUGAACUUUCUGAGGAAAGGUGCAGCUGCAUAGAGUCUGAAAUUAAGCGUUUGAUCCACCAGCCAACUUGACAGUGAAGGAAAACAAUACUGAAAUCCAGUUGUGCAAAACCUUGUUGCACUUUGAUUAACCUUCAACACACAAUGUUUACCUUGGGCUUAGCACAUUAGGCUGGUGGUCAGGUGUUAGUUUCACACCCUGCAAUUGGUAAUGUACAUUGAUGUGAUGGGUGUGUCUCUCCGGUCAGGUUCUGGAGCGUUCUAGGGAUGUGGUGGAUGAGGUCAGCGUGUCGUUGCGACUCUGGGACACGUUCGGGGACCAUCACAAGGACCGACGCUUUGCAUAUGGAAGGUGAGAUCAGCUGACCUCCUUGUUCACUCAUACGAAUCAUGGGACUGGUGCAGUGUAAACUUAGUGGACAUUUCCUUACUGUCCCUCCCGUAACCCCACUCAUCACUGCAGGUCGGAUGUGGUGGUUCUAUGUUUCUCCAUCGCCAACCCCAACUCCCUGUACCAUGUGAAGACCAUGUGGUACCCUGAGAUCAAGCACUUCUGCCCCCGGGCUCCAGUCAUCUUGGUGGGCUGCCAGCUGGACCUGCGCUAUGCUGACCUGGAGGCAGUCAACAGGGCACGACGGCCACUAGCAAGGUGCCCUACAACUACUAAGUCCAGUGCUUUCAAUCUCAAGCAGUGCUUUUCAACUCAUGCAUCUCAAUUUAAAGUUGAUAGCCUGUGAUUGAUAUAUUGAUUGUGUCACCAAUAGAAAUGUAGGUUCCACGUUUUACUAAGAUUUGUUUGAUACACUGUUAUUUACCCUCAUGUUGAUGCUGCUCUGAAUCUUGUUAAUCUUUAAUCAUCUUUCAGACCGAUUAAAUCCAAUGAGAUUUUGCCUCCAGAGAAGGGCCAUGAGGUGGCCAAAGAGCUGGGAGUGCCAUACUACGAGACCAGUGUUGUGGCUCAGUUUGGAGUAAAGGACGUAUUUGAUAACGCCAUCCGGGCCGCCCUAAUCUCACGGCGCCACCUGCAGUUCUGGAAGUCUCACCUGCGCAAUGUGCAGCGGCCCCUCCUCCAGGCCCCCUUCCUACCUCCCAAACCCCCCCCUCCCAUCAUCACUGUACCACCUCCCCCCACCACCACUGAGGAGCAUCCUGGCCGUCUUCUAGAGGACCCCCUGUGUUCCGAUGUCAUCCUGGUCCUACAGGAGAAGCAGAGAAUCUUCGCCCACAAGAUCUACUUGGCCACGUCCUCCUCCAAGUUCUAUGACCUCUUCAUCCUGGACGCCCGACCUGAGGAGACUGAGCGGCCCACACGCGCCACCGCUCUGUCUGGCCGCGAGAUGCUGAUGCGUGCUGCAAGCUUCGAUGUGUGUGACAGCCCUGACGAGGGCGACAGGGCCAACCUGCGGGCCUGCACCAGUGAUGGCACACUGAGGGACUCUGAGGGGGGCCGGAGGGGCAGACUGCUGUCUACCUUGAGCAGAGCUUUUGUCAGCAUCCAGGAGGAGCUAGUGGAUGACCCGGUGACCUACAGCCCCAGGCCUAUGACCGUGGUGUACAUGGACCAGUCCAUGCAGCUGGGGCCCUUCCGCGCUGUGCUGCGCUACCUGUACACAGGCCAGCUGGACGAGCACGAGAAGGAGCUGAUGCACAUCGCACACAUUGCUGAGCUACUGGAGGUCUUUGACCUGCGCAUGAUGGUGGCCAACAUUCUUAACAACGAGUCCUUCAUGAACCAGGAAAUCACCAAAGCCUUCCAUGUACGGCGCACCAACAGAGUCAAAGAGUGCCUGGCCAAAGGCACCUUCUCUGGUGAGAGCACAUCAUGUAAUUCUGAGGGCUUUUGUACACUCUGUCCUAAGUGUUUCCGCUUUGGGAUACAGAGGUCUGGGGAUGGGAAAGAACAUGCUGUUAAAAAACAGGAUCUACCUUUGACAGGACUUAAUAAAUAAUAGAGGAAGAAGUAGAAGGUAAUGGCAGUAUGAUUUAUCUUUGUUUUCCAGAUGUAGUGUUCAAGCUGGAUGAUGGAACGAUCAUGGCCCAUAAGCCCCUGCUCAUCUCCAGCUGUGACUGGAUGGCAGCUAUGUUUGGGGGGCCCUUUGUGGAGAGCUGCACCAAAGAGGUAAGUCGAUCCUUUUCACCCUCUCACUAGAACUACAGUGUGUUCCACCUUUCUUUUCUUAAACCUUGGUCUUGAUCAUGUGCACAAUUACAAGACCUACUGCAAGUCACCUAAAUAACCAGAUAAACACACAACAUCACAAUAAAAUGCACUAGUGAAUAGGGAAGGAAAACAUGAUGUUGAUCUGUGCCUGUUGUUGUCUCAGGUGCUGUUUCCCAACACGACUCGCAGCUGUAUGAGGGCUGUGCUGGAGUACCUGUACACUGGGCGCUUCUGUUCCCGCACUGACCUGGAUGCCAUGGAGCUCAUUGUUCUCGCCAACCGUCUUUGCCUCCCACACCUGGUUGCACUUACAGGUCUCUAGUUGUUUUUGAGCACACCCUCAUACACAAAGCCACAUCUGUUUGCAAGACCUGCACUCAUAUUGUAGACACUCAUAGUAUAACAUGCACUUCCUCUCUUUUUUUUCUCUUCAAAUAGUGUCUAUUAGGCUAGUAUGUGUGUUCAGAGAGCUGUCUGUUUCUAAUGUUUCUGUUACUUGGUAUAAUUCUGUUGUGAGAUAGAGUUGGCAAUAUAAUUCUGUUGAUCUUGGAUGAUAUCCUGCGUGUUAUGCCUCUGUUUCAGAACUCUACACAGUGACAGUAUUGAUGGAGGCUGCUAUGAUGGGGGCUGAUAUUGAUGGAGAUGUGCUGGUGUACCUGGAGAUGGCUCAGGUAAGAUGGAGCCCUUGUUCAUAUUUCAUUUCCGUAGGUGUAUAUAUACUUUAUACUGUUUUUCUCCAAUCUCACAUGAUUUUCUAAUGCUAAUUUGUUUUACAAGUGUUGCACUUUUAAAUGUAAACUGUUAUCACGUGCGGAAUAAGGUCUUCUAUAAUGUCUUGUAUCUCUGGAAGUUCCACUGUGCCCAACAGCUAAGUGGUUGGUGCCUUCACCACAUCUGCACCAACUAUAAUAGUGUGUGCCGCAAGUUUCCUCGAGACAUGAAGGCCAAGUCUACAGGUAACGCAAAUACUAACUAAAGAUAUGUGCAUGAAACUACAACUUUCAUUUAAAUCUCCCAUUUACAUCAAUGCAGGAUUUUUUUAGAAGUUAUCAUUAUCUUAAUCAUUGGUGUCUGCAUAUCUGUCUGCAUUUAAUCUUGCUAAAGUUGUUGAGCCAUGCCUCUUGCAGACAACCAGGACUACUUUGAGAAGCACCGAUGGCCACCAGUGUGGUUCCUGAAGGAGGACGACCACUACCAAAGAGCACGGAAGGAGCGGGACAAGGAGGACUUCCUGUACCAGAGGAGGCAGUGUAAACGCAAGUGGCUCUUCUGGAACCUUCCCUCUUCUCCCUCCGCCAACUCUUCCUCUUCUGGUUCCAAUGCUGUCAUCUGAUUGUCUCUCAGGGUACAGGCAAGGCCCACUGUGGGGAUGACUUGGGAAAGUGGAGCAUCAGCACUGUUGGCCAGACACUAGGCCCACUCAUUAAGGCCCUUCCGCCCGCCCUCCUUCAUUUCUGUUUUGCAUCUGCCGCCAAGCUACACUCUCCCGAGUUUGCAGGGUCAGCUAAAUCGAAUAAUGAACGAAAUUAGGCUCUUUCGUUUUUUAUGUUAGCAUAUCCUGUCUCAUUGCAAUGCAGAGACCAUGAAGCUAAAACCUUAAAGAUCAGUGACUUAAACCGUAUGAACAAGGCAAGGUAAAUGCUGGUGCAGGUGACUGCUCAAUAUGGUGUUGAUAUUCCUGCAUACACCACCAGGAGGAGAACUGAGGAAGUUAUGUUGGAGAUUUGCAUCAAGGUACAGAACUGUGAUCCUAAGCUCAUGCAUGAUAACUAUUGACUGACUUGCAUUGACAACCAAGUGCUUAUCAGCUGCAACAGACAAAUAGCAAAGACCAAUGACCAGCAAACCAACACAGAAAUCAAGUCUCAGUGAUACAACACUUUGCCCUUAAGUGUUUGUACAAUCUACCAAACCAGGAUGUGUACAGUACAAUUAUAACCACUCCUCAACCAGAAAUAUGAACAAAAUGCAUUAGGUCUGCAUUACGAUUAAUCUAUGAAUGUCAUGUAGGACAUCGUCUUAGACCAUCUGCCUAUUGGAAACCACUUUCUGUACAGAAUUACGUUUUAAAUGAAAAUAGUAGAGGUUUGACAAAUUGCAUAUUUGAAUGUUUAUAUACAACUUGCACAGCUGACGUUGAUAUGAGUGUAUACACAACCCCGGUGUUCUUGUGAUGCAGGGCUUAAAGUGCUGCGUCACUGCGACGGGUUUCCGUCAUAUGGAUGAAGCAUGCGGUUUGAUAAAAAAAUAUAUAUAUAUAUAUACAGUACCAGUCAAAAUUUUGGACACACUUACUCAUUCAAGGGUUUUUCUUUAUUUUUUUACUAUUUUCUACAUUGUAGAAUAAUAGUGAAGACAUCAAAACUAUGAAAUAACACAUAUGGAAUCAUGUAGUGACCCAUAAAAAAAAAAAAAGUCAAAAUAUAUUUUAUAUUUUAGAUACUUCAAAGUUGCCACCCUUUACCUUGAUGACAGUUUUGCACACUCUUGGCAUUCUCUCAACCAGCUUCAUGAGGAAUGCUUUUCCAACAGUCUUGAAGGAGUUCCCACAUACGCUGAGCACUUGUUGGCUGCUUUUCCUUCACUCUGCGGUCCAACUCAUCCCAAACCAUCUCAAUUGGGUUGAGGUCGGGUGAUUGUGGAGGCCAGGUCAUCUGAUGCAGCACUCCAUCACUCUCCUUCUUGGUCAAAUAGCCCUUACUCAGCCCUGGAGGUGUGUUGGGUCAUUGUCCUGUUGAAAAACAAAUGAUAGUCCCACUAAACGCAAACCAGAUGGGAUGGCGUAUCAAUGCAGAAUGCUGUGGUAGCCAUGCUGGUUAAGUGUGCCUUGAAUUCUAAAUAAAUCACUGUCAGUGUCACCAGCAAGCACCCCCACACCAUCACACCUCCUCCUCCAUGCGUCACGGUGGGAACCACACAUGCGGCGAUCAUCCGUUCACCUACUCUGCGUCUCACAAAGACACAGCGGUUGGAACCAAAAAUCUCAAAUUUUGACUCAUCAGACCAAGGACAGAUUUCCACCGGUCUAAUGUCCAUUGCUCGUGUUUCUUGGCCCAAGCAAGUCUCUUCUUCUUAUUAGUGUCCUUCAGUAGUGGUUUCUUUGCAGCAAAUCGAUCAUGAAGGCCUGAUUCACGCAGUCUCCUCUAAACAGUUGAUGUUGAGAUGUGUCUGUUACUUGAACUCUGUGCAGCAUUUAUUUGGGCUGCAAUCUGAGGUGCAGUUAACUCUAAUGAACUUAUCCUCUGCAGCAGAGGUAACUCUGUGUCUUCCUUUCCUGUGGCGGUCCUCAUGAGAGCCAGUUUCAUCAUAGCGCUUGAUGGUUUUUGCGACUGCACUUGAAGAAACAUUCAAAGUUCUUGAAAUUUUCCAGAUUGACUGACCUUCAUGUCUUAAAGUAAUGACGGGCUGUUGUUUCUCUUUGCUUAUUUGAGCUGUUCUUGCCAUAAUAUGAACAUGGUGUUUUACCAAAUAGGGCUAUCUUCUGUAUACCACCCAACCUUGUCACAAUACAGCUGAUUGGCUCGAACGCAUUAAGAAGGAAAGAAAUUCCACAAAUUAACUUUUAAGAAGGCACACCUGUUAAUUGAAAUGCAUUCCAGGUGACUACCUCAUGAAGCUGGUUGAGAGAAUGCCAAGAGUGUGCAAAGCUGUCAUCAAGGCAAAGGGUGGCAACUGAAGAAUCUCAAAUUUAAAAUAUAUUUUGAUUUGUUUAUCACUUUUUUGGUUACUACAUGAUUCCAUAUGAGUUAUUUCAUAGUUUGAUGUCUUCACUAUUAUUCUACAAUGUAGAAAAUAGUAAAAAUAAAGAAAAACCCUUGAAUGAGUAGGUGUGUCCAAACUUUUGACUGGUACUGUAUAUAUAUAUGUUUUUUGGGCAGGGGGGAAAUUAAUAUUUUGGGGGGAAAAAAACACACUUCAGGCCACACUAGAAUGUGUAAAACUAGAUAGAAAUCAUGUAGAAAUUAUAAUGGACCUAUAUAUUUUCAAAUAACUGCCCUUUUUCUGGCCUGCAAAUUGAUUUUGACUAACAAAUUGAUCAUUGAAAAAAUGGUGCAGCCCUCUUGAAUUUCAAAAUCCCGAUGUGGCCCUCGGGCCAAAACGUUUUCCAGCCAAUCUGAGAUCAACUUAAGUUUCAGUCAUGGGAUUUUUUGUUGUUGCUUUAACCCAUGUGUGAUGUGCUCUUGUGACGUGUGGCUACUUGCCAGAAAAGGGCAUUCUUUUACCCAGCCACAUUCAACGUCUUUUGACAAGACGCAAGAGAACCUGAAUCACAGAGUAUCGUUCAGCAUUUACUUUUGGAAACGCCAUCAAACACAAACAAAGCUCACCAAUACCUACCUAUGUGUUGCAACAAUGGAAUGGCUUUGUACUACCAAGUUUUCAGCUUCCUGAUGAGAAGAGCACCGAGGCCACUACAGUACUCUACACAGGUGUCUGACAUAUGCUGCAAACAAUCUAAAUGUGAUUGGAAGAAAUCAUAGGAUGAGAAUAAUAACAGCACUACAAGACAAGUUUGAUAGGUAGAUUAGUUGAAAUUCUUAGAGCAGGGGUGUCAAACAUACAGCCUGCGAGGGAGUCCAAUCCAACCCAGGGCAAAAUGAGUUUGACACACCUGCCGAAAGUAUUCACCCCCCUUGGCAUUUUUCCUAUUUUGUUGCCUUACAACCUGGAAUUAAAAUGGAUUUUUGGGGGGUUUGAAUCAUUUGAUUUACACAACAUGCCUACCACUUUGAAGAUGCAAAAUAAUUUUUUUCGUGAAACAAACAAGAAAUAAGACAAAAAAACAGAACCUGAGCGUGCAUAACUAUUCACCCCCCCCCCCCCCUCCCCCAAAGUCAAUACUUUGUAGAGCCACCUUUUGCAGCAAUUACAGCUGCAAGUCUCUUGGGGUAUGUCUCUAUAAGCUUGGCACAUCUAGCCACUGGGAGUUUUGCCCAUUCUUCAAGGCAAAACUGCUCCAGCUCCUUCAAGUUGGAUGGGUUCUGCUAGUGUAAAGCAAUCUUUAAGUCAUACCACAGAUUCUCAAUUGGAUUGAGGUCUGGGCUUUAACUAGGCCAUUCCAAGACAUUUAAGUGUUUCCCCUUAAAACACUCGAGUGUUGCUUUAGCAGUAUGCUUAGGGUCAUUGUCCUGCUGGAAGGUGGACCUCCGUCCCAGUCUCAAAUCUCUGGAAGACUGAAACAGGUUUCCCUCAAGAAUUUCCCUGUAUUUAGUGCCAUCCAUCAGUCCUUCAAUUCUGACCAGUUUCCCAGUCCCUGCCGAUGAAAAACAUCCCCACAGCAUGAUGCUGCCACCACCAUGCUUCACUGUGGGGAUGGUGUUCUCGGGGUGAUGAGAGGUGUUGGGUUUGCGCCAGACAUUUUCCUUGAUGGCCAAAAAGCUCAAUUUUAGUCUCAUCUGACCAGAGUACCUUCUUCCAUAUGUUUGGGGAGUCUCCCACAUGCCUUUUGGGGAACACCAAACAUGUUUGCUAAUUUUUUUCUUUAAGCAAUGGCUUUUUUUCUGGCCACUCUUCCAUAAAGCCCAGCUCUGUGGAGUGUAUGGCUUAAAGUGGUCCUAUGGACAGAUACUCCAAUCUCCGCUGUGGAGCUUUGCAGCUCCUUCAGGGUUAUCUUUGGUCUCUUUUUUGCCUCUCUGAUUAAUGCCCUCCUUGCCUGGUCCAUGUGUUUUGGUGGGCGGCCCCCUCUUGGCAGGUUUGUUGUGGUGCCAUAUUCUUUCAAUUUUUUUAUAAUGGAUUUAAUGGUGCUCCGUGGGAUGUUCAAAGUUUCUGAUAUUUUUUUAUAACCCAACCCUGAUCUGUACUUCUCCACAACUUUGUCCCUGACCUGUUUGGAGAGCUCCUUGGUCGUCAUGGUGCCGCUUGCUUGGUGGUGGCCCUUGCUUAGUGGUGUUGCAGACUCUGGGGCCUUUCAGAACAGGUGUAUACAUAAUGAGAUCAUGUUACACUUAGAUUGCACACUGGUGGACUUUAUUUAACUAAUUAUUUGACUUCUGAAGGUAAUUGUUUGCACCAGAUCUUAUUUAGGGGCUUCAUAGCAAAGGGUGUGAAUACAUAUGCGCGCACCACUUUUCCAUUAUUUAUUUUUUAGAAUUUCUUUAAACAAGUAAUUUUUUUCAUUUCACUUCACCAAUUUGGACUAUUUUGUGUAUGUCCAUUACAUGAAAUCCAAAUAAAAAUCUAUUUAAGAUACAGGUUGUAAUGCAACAAAAUAGGAAAAACGGCCAAGUGGGAUGAAUACUAUUGCAAGGCACUGUAUACUGAAGAGAUAUGUGAAGAUAUCUGAAGUGUAUGUUUAUCUCCUUCUUGUCAUUUCACCAAAGACAACCCACAGUAUUGUUUGGAUUUAUAAGCAUGGUGCUCAUUGAAUAUUGUGAGUAUUUACAGCAGGUGUAUAUAUAUAUAUAUAUAUAUAUAUAUAUAUAUAUAUAUAUAUAUAUAUAUAUAUAUAUAUAUAAAAACUUUACAUGAAGUUGUUUCCAUUACAUAACAGUGCCCUUGAAUUACUAUAGAAUGAUGGUGGUAACUGACUGGAAAUAAUAUGUACACUACCGUUCAAAAGUUUGGGGUCACUUAGAAAUGUCCUUGUUUUCGAAAGAAAAGCAUUUUUUUUGCUAUUAAAAUAACAUCAAAUUGAUCAGAAAUACAGUGGAGACAUUGUUAAUGUUGCAAAUGGCUAUUGUAGCUGGAAACAGCUGAUUUUUAAUGCAAUAUCCACAUAGGCGUACAGAGGCCCAUUAUCAGCAACUAUAAGUCCUGUGUUCCAAUGGCACAUUGUGUUUGCUAAUCCAAGUUUAUCAUUUUAAAAGGCUAACUGAUCAUUAGAAAACCCUUUUGCAAUUAUGUUAGCACAGCUGAAAACUGUUGUGCUGAUUAAAGAAGCAAUACAACUGGCCUUCUUGAGACUAGCUGAGUAUCUGGAGCAUCAGCAAUUGUUGGUUUGAUUACAGGCUCAAAAUGGCCAGAAACAAAUAACUUUUUUCUGAAACUCGUCAGUCUAUUCUUGUUCUGAGAAAUGAAGGCUAUUCCAUGCGAGAAAUUGCCAAGAAACUGAAGAUCUCGUACAACGCUGUGUACUACUCCCUUCACAGAACAGCGCAAACUGGCUCUAACCAGAAUAGAAACAGGAGUGGGAGGCCCCGGUGCACAACUGAGCAAGAGGACAAAUACAUUAGAGUUUCUAGUUUGAGAAACAUAUGGCUCACACGUCCUCAACUGGCAGCUUCAUUAAAAAGCACCCGCAAAACACCAGUCUCAACGUCAACAGUGAAGAGGCAACUCCGGGAUGCUGACCUUCUUGGCAAAGUUGCAAAGAAAAAGCCAUAUUUCAGACUGGCCAAUAAAAAGAAAAGAUUAAGAUGGGCAAAAGAACACAGACACUGGACUUUUUCUUUGCAACUCUGCCUAGAAGGUCAGCAUCCCAGAGUCAACUCUUCACUGUUGACGUUGAGACUGGUGUUUUGCGGGUGCUUUUUAAUGAAGCUGCCAGUUGAGGACGUGUGAGCCAUAUGUUUCUCAAACUAGAGACUCUAAUGUAUUUGUCCUCUUGCUCAGUUGUGCACCGGGGCCUCCCACUCCUGUUUCUAUUCUGGUUAGAGCCAGUUUGCGCUGUUCUGUGAAGGGAGUAGUACACAGCGUUGUACGAGAUCUUCAGUUUCUUGGCAAUUUCUCGCAUGGAAUAGCCUUCAUUUCUCAUUACUCAGCUAGUCUCAAGAAGGCCAGUUUUAUUGCUUCUUUAAUCAGCACAACAGUUUUGAGCUGUGCUAACAUAAUUGCAAAAUGGUUUUCUAAUGAUCAAUUAGCCUUUUAAAAUGAUAAACUUGGAUUAGCAAACACAACGUGCCAUUGGAACACAGGACUGAUGGUUGCUGAUAAUGGGCCUCUGUACGCCUAUGUAGAUAUCCCAUAAAUAAUCUGCCGUUUCCAGCUACAAUAGCCAUUUACAACACUAACAAUGUCUACACUGUAUUUCUUAUCAAUUUGAUGUUCUUUUAAUGGACAAAAAAAUUGCUUUUCUUUGGAAAACAAGGACAUUUCUAAGUAACCCCAAACUUUUGAACGGUAGUGUAUGUAUAACAAAACUUUACUUGUUUCACACACAUACUUAUGAAUGCUGCUAAUUUAUUAUCAAAGAAAUAUAAAAUCCAUGUAUUUUUGUGCUAUUUGGGCAACUUAAUGAAAGGUGUGAUAGUCUACUAGAUUUCUAUUUGUUUUAUGGAUAGUUGUAAUUUACACAUUUCUCCAAAUGCUUGUGCUGACCUCCGGUUAAAUGUAGGGUAUGCAGGCAAACUGCUUUGAGUCAAAAGAAGUGGCACUACAGCUUGAGAAUGAAAAUAUGACCUGGAGCACCCUCCCAGCUAAUAUACAGUAGGCUACUGUAAAGCAUUUCGUUGUAAAAUAAGAAAAUACAAAAAUUAUAGAUAGUAGACAUUGCUUUUUGUAGGAUAUCGUAGGAUAAUUGUAGGAUAUUGUUCUCCAUGCAUUUAUAAAUUAUAAUCCCUUAUGACAUCCUCAAAAUGAGCUUUACAGUCAUUUAAAUGCCAUGAAUCCACUUACAAAGCUAACAUGAUAUCUCAAAGUGUUGCUUAAAUGCUCAUUUAAUACAGUUUGACUGCAUGUACAAGGCUGAUCCGUAUAAUCUGUAAUUUAAGGUAUAGAUAAUGAAAGUAUAGGGAGGAGCACAAGCCAGUAGCUUUACAUUUUUAGAUAAGGUUCAUAUGUGAUUUUUUGCUAUAAUCUAUAAUUGAAAAAGGCAGGUUUGACAUAUGUAUCUAGUGAAAGGAUAAGUCACUUGGCAUACCAUUCCAACUCAUAACCAUUUUGAUCAUCCUGUAUUGCACUGUACAUCAGAGUACGUAGGCUUGAUUCAGUAGUCAAUGUUCUGUUUUGUCAAAUAGUUAAAUUAUUCAUUGUGUUGGAAUUGUUGGACUGCAAAAUGGUUCAUCGUGUUGAAAUUGUUGAACGUCCUCUAUUUUUUAGAAUGGUAAAUGGUGCAUUAAUUAACCACUGUCUCACUUUGAAAUAUUGUAUAAAUCAUAUAUUUUAUAGAAUGUACCCUUAGAUCAUUUGAUGUUUUGAUUCGGGCCUAAGUUUUUCCAUUAGUUUAAUCCAUUCCACGUGACAAUUGACAUUUACAUGCUGUGGUUGAAAUGCAUUUGAGUUGAUUUCUCAAUGUACCCUCUUCUGCUGAUGCACUGCAUCCAAGAAGACACCUCAUGCCUUAAUGUAUAGUGUGUGUGAGACAUUGAAUGGAGAUAUUGUUACUGUGGUGUUUAGUUUGUGUGUACUAAAGAUGUCAACGUACCAUGGUACUGAAGGCUUUGUGUAUAUGUAAUUGUACAUAUCUGAGUGUGGAAUUAAUGUGUGUACACUUGAGAGCAUCGUGAGCUGUGCUUUUGUUAGUUUACAUAGUGUUUUGGUUUAUUAUUUUCAUGCUCUGAACGGAAUGUUUAGUAGUAAACAACCUUUUACCGCUCUAAGAUCACACCAAUAGAUUAACACGAUGACAAGCCCACUAGAAAACACACUCAUCAUUUGGAAAAUUCAGCACACCCCCAUCAAAUGAAUGCAGAGAAUACCAAUUCUAAUUUGUUUUCUGAUCAUGAACUCCACUGUGGAGAAAUAUCAGUAUUAUCAUUACAAUGGAUGGCAUUGACUUGGUGUGGGCAUUAAACGUUGGAUUAUAAAUCAAAAGCAUAGAUAAUGGCCAAUUCUUUUAUAACUGCCUGUUAUAAUGUGGCCGAGAAAAUAAAGCAAGCUUUUAGCUGUACAUAUUUCAGCAUAGAUCAUAGCUGAUUUUGUGCAUUAUGCAGGACAUAGUCAUACCAGUGUCGUUAAAACCACAAAUGCACACUUCAUUAUGUAGACUAAUAGCCUUCUUCGAUUUUCACUGAAUUACAUUAAGGGGUAUGACAUGUAGACCUACACAGCUCAUAUGCUUAGAUGAGUAGACAACAUCAGGUGUUAAAAAUUGCAAAUAUAUUAUGACUAGAUUAAAAUAAAAGGUAUAACUCAGAAACUUUUCCAAUAGGUGCUAUAUUACUGCUGCAGAGGAGCACAAACCAAAGGGAGCUUAUAGCAGCACCAGGACAAGAAUCUGCUGCACAAUCACAAUUGCAUAGUUACAAAGAAGCCUUGUAUUGA